AUGCGGAUAACGAUUGCGGACCGGGACCCGCAAGGCGAGCGGUUCAAGGGCGCCGUGUGGUUUCGGGGCGCAGAGUCGAUGCUGGCGGGGGCAGGCGCAGGACUCGUCACGAGCAUCGUAACGUGCCCGCUCGACGUGAUCAAAACCAAGUUGCAGGCAGGUGGAGCAUCGAACGGAGCAGCUGGCGUCCUCGGCCUCACUCGACACAUCUGGGUGACGGACGGCUUUCGCGGGCUGUAUCGAGGGCUUGGACCGACCAUCAUCGGCUACCUGCCAACCUGGGCCAUCUACUUCACCGUCUACGACCAGGUCAAGCGGCAGCUCGAGGACAUCCGAGGUCCCGAUGAUCCCGUCGCUCACAUUCUUUCGGCAAUGACCGCUGGCGCGAGCGGCACCAUCCUCACCAACCCGCUCUGGGUAGUCAAGACUCGCUUCAUGACCCAGGAGUCGGGCGCCGACGAGCCACGCUACCGGCACACCUGGGACGCGCUCGUCCGCAUCUAUCGAGAGGAAGGACCGAAGGCUUUCUACCGAGGUCUGCUGCCCAGCUUGUUCGGUGUUGCGCACGUCGCCGUACAGUUCCCUUUGUACGAGCGCUUCAAGGUCAUGUCCCGACCCGAGGACGGCUCCGACAUCCCUUCGUCGACCAUUCUCGUCUGUUCAUCCGCUUCGAAGAUGAUUGCAUCCAUCGCGACCUACCCGCACGAAGUCCUUCGCACUCGACUGCAAAUCCAGAAGAACCGACAUGCAGCCGCUGUUGGCGACAAGGUGCCGAACUACGGUCUCCCGACGACGAAUUCGGCGACAUCUCCUCGAGCCGCUCCGGCUCUCGAAGGCGUCGUCAAGACGUUCCAGCGAAUCCUGCGCGAGGAAGGCGUCGCCGGAUUCUAUCGCGGACUGGGCGUGAACCUCUUGCGCACCGUUCCAGCGUCCGCUAUGACGCUGUUGACGUACGAGGAGCUCAUGCGUCGGUUGGUGCGCAUGACGCACGGCCAGGACGGCGAUUCACGGACUUCUUGA